GGGACCGUCAAGGACUGGAAGAAAGCGUAGAAGAAGAAAACCAGCUUGUAGCGGCAAUGAAAGGACAGCGUGCUACUUGCAAUUUGAGUAAAACAUAAGUAUAGAGUAGCGGUAAUAAGUAUCAGAGUACAGAACGCGACUGAUUUCAUCUUUGGAAAAAACUUAAAAACUGCGCUAGGAAGAUGUCUUUGGUUUGUGCAAUCUCCAACGAGGUGCCGGAGCACCCGUGCGUCUCCCCGGUGUCUAACCAGGUGUUUGAGCGCAGGCUGAUCGAGAAGUACAUCGCAGAGAAUGGAACGGACCCGAUGAAUGGACAACCCUUGUCUGAGGAACAGCUUGUAGACAUCAAAGUGUCCCAUCCCAUUAGGCCAAAGGCACCAUCAGCAACAAGUAUCCCUGCCAUUCUCAAGUCCCUUCAAGAUGAGUGGGAUGCUGUUAUGCUUCACAGCUUCACCCUUCGGCAGCAGCUGCAGACCACUCGCCAAGAACUGUCACACGCUCUUUACCAACAUGAUGCCGCUUGCAGAGUCAUCGCUCGACUCACCAAGGAGGUCACUGCUGCAAGAGAAGCUCUUGCCACACUCAAACCCCAGGCUGGAUUGGUUGCCCCUCAGGCGGUCCCUGCCUCUCAGCCAACUGCAGCAGGCGCUGGUGGAGAGCCAAUGGAGAUUAGUGAACAGGUGGGAAUGACCCCAGAGAUCAUCCAGAAGCUCCAAGACAAGGCUACUAUCCUGACUACAGAAAGAAAGAAGAGAGGAAAAACCGUCCCAGAGGAGCUGGUUAGAGCUGAGGAUCUCAGCAAAUACCGCCAAGUGGCCUCUCAUGCUGGUCUUCAUAGUGCCAGUGUCCCUGGUAUUCUGGCUCUGGAUCUGUGUCCUUCAGACACCAACAAAGUUCUCACUGGUGGAGCCGAUAAGAACGUGGUGGUGUUCGACAAGAACGAGGAGCAGAUUGUGGCAACACUUAAGGGUCACACCAAGAAGGUCACCUCUGUCAUUUACCAUCCAUCCCAGUCUGUGGUUUUCUCUGCAUCUCCAGACAGCACUAUCCGUGUAUGGUCUGUCAGUGGGGGCAACUGUGUCCAGGUGGUGCGUGCCCACGAGGCAGGUGUCACUGGACUCUCCCUACACGCCACUGGGGACUACCUGCUCAGCUCCUCCGAGGAUCAGUACUGGGCCUUUUCUGAUAUCCAGACUGGUAGAGUCCUCACCAAAGUCACUGAUGAAAGUGCUGGCUGUGCUCUCACCUGUGCUCAGUUCCACCCUGAUGGCCUCAUUUUUGGCACUGGGACUGCUGAUUCUCAAAUCAAGAUCUGGGAUCUGAAGGAGCGCACCAAUGUGGCCAACUUCCCAGGCCACUCUGGUCCUGUCACCUCCAUUGCUUUCUCUGAGAACGGAUACUAUCUGGCCACAGGUGCCCAAGAUAGCUCUCUGAAACUGUGGGAUCUGAGGAAACUGAAGAACUUCAAGACCAUCACUCUGGACAACAACUAUGAGGUGAAGUCCCUCGUGUUUGACCAGAGUGGUACCUACCUGGCUGUUGGAGGCUCUGACAUCCGUGUCUACAUCUGCAAGCAGUGGUCUGAGGUUCUCAACUUCACAGACCAUACAGGAUUGGUGACUGGAGUGGCCUUUGGGGAAAACGCUCGGUUCUUGACCUCUGCUGGAAUGGACAGAAGUCUCAAAUUUUACAGUUUGUAGACGAGGAUAAACUCAGGAUGAAGGGAGGAGGACAACUGAGAGGAGGGUAGAAUGGUGUCUAGGUUUUGAUCCUGGACACCGACUUGGCAUAGAUCUGAAUUUUUUAGAAAACAGGAGAAAAAAAAUCACUGCUAACUUUGCUUCAUUAGUGUUUGUCCUCAAGUCCGGGAGUGAGAUGCCAUAAAACUGUCAGCUCUCUGAAACCACAGCAGUCAUGGUUAGGAUAACAUGUUUGUUGUGUAUCUAAAGUGUAAAUGAUGUGAAAUGAGAUACAGAAGGCAGUUUUAUGUUUCUGUCUGAUUUGCCAGCAAAUAUAAUUUUACUGUAGGUUGAUUUUUUUUUUUGUUUUUUUUGUAUGUGUGUGUGUGGUUGAGGGGAUCUAAAGUUAGUUGUAAUACAACUCCAAAGUCAUUAGUGUGACCACAAUCUGCUUUGCUUCUUAAUGUAGACCAGCUUCAUACAAUAUCAUCUUUAGGGUAAGAUGAAAAUGCGUCUGUAGUGAUAUACAGCUAAUAAUGAAAUGAACCGACAUAUUCAUGGAUGAAAUUCAACAGAUUUGUUUUCCUCUGAAAAAUUUAGUCUUGUUUAAGCUCCCUUCUUAUUUCAUUUCUUGCCUCAUUUUAAACUUUUUUGUCUUCUUCCAAUUGUAUUUCUCGUUACUUGUUAUUUUACCUGUUGCAGGUCUGCCCUUUUACAAUAAAAUAAAAUAUGUUUUGUAUUGCUAUUCA